AUGUUUAAAUAUUUACUAAUUGAAUUAUAAGAGGAUGACAGGAUACCUUUAAUGAUAUUAGUUGAGGACGAUAAGAGUAAAUUCUAAAUACCCUAACCCUUUUCUGAUGAGAGAACUACAUUAGUGAAACAUAUUUCUGAUACUAGAAAAGAGCAAUUAAAAGAGGAAAUUAAAACGUUCGAGGCAUGUUUACUUUUUAUGGAGGAGACCACCACAUAUUUAAAUACAUUUGAAAAAAAUCAAGAUGUAAAUAAAUUUGAAGAAAAUUACGAAAAGAAAUAUUUUAUUCAAUCUUUCAGUGAUUUGUUGAUUGGAGGACGUACUUUCAAGAAAAUUUUAUCAAGUUACAAUUACUAUUCUAAGAUUAAAGAAAAAAAAGAGAAAGUAGAAGAAGAGAAAGAUGAAAAAACCCAAAAAUAAAGUGAUAAUCCUAAUCAAUAAAAAAUUAAUAAAUCAAACGUGGCUAUUCUUAUAUAUUAAGGGGAAUCAGAGCAUGAUCUAAAUGAGACAAUAUCUUACUUUAAAGGUCUUAAAAUAAUUCCAAUUAUAUUAAUUAAUUGUAAAAAGCAUUUCUAAUAGUUGUUUUAGGAAGAUGACAUCUACAAAGAUUACUUUAAUAUGUAUAUAAAAUACUCCUUUUCUACAGAUCAUUCCUUUUUCUUAGAGAAAUAAGAUGAAAAUGGCAAAUUCGAAUAUUAUUUUUCUUUCUUUAUGUAACUUGACACAUUGUAAUUAAUUCGAUGGAUUUAUCUUGGAAUAUUGAGUUUCAUUGAUCCAGAAUAUGUUGUGAUAUUAAAGAGCGACUUUAUAUUAAAAUUUCGAAUCACAGAUCUUUUUUCUCUAUUUUGUUAAGAGCAAACAAUAUUUGGUAUUUAAUUGGGUGAACAAUUAUUAGUUGAAGAUGAAAGUUUGAAACAAUUAUCCUAUUAUAUACAGAUUCCUAAAAUAAUUUCAUAACCCUCUAUAAUGCAUUUACAAAUGGAGUCUUAUUUCAAAUUAGAUGGUAGAAUAUUAUUCCCUAUUAUAAAAAGCCUAAAAAACAAAUAUUGGAGUGCUGGGACUAAAUUCAAUUUUACCUAUGUUAAUGUUAACACAACAAAAAUAAUUAGAAUUGCAUCACUUAAGUAAGCCGGUAUUAACUUUAAGUAUUAACCAAUUACCAGAAAAGACAUUAAUAGAUCAUUUCGUUGA